AUGCGCGUCCCUACACAUCUGUUACAGCCUCUCAGCGUUGAUACCAGCACAAGUUAUGAUCUCGACUUGUCCAGGUUCCCCGGCCUGGACGACCCACAAUACAAGAAUGAACCUAUGUUGAUGGUUGCACGGAGAGAAACAAAUUACUUUGGAUAUAACAAUACACCAUGGACGUGUUCUAGCACAAGGGAGAGUGCGUUUAGUUCCUCCCAAACAAUGCAGCAGCCUGAUACUAGUUCAGCUUCCAGAUGUCCUCCCAUUCAUUCUUCUGUGCACCCUGUACAUAACAUGGGUGUGCCUGAAGACCUGCUUGAAAUCAUAGAUCUCCAAAACAAGGAUUUGCUGGAACUACUGGAUACAAAACAAUAUGAGAUCCUCGUCGAUGAUCUCAGUCAAGAACUGAACAGACAAGAUCCACUGCCAGACAUACAGAUCCUUGCAGUCGAACAAAGGAGGGAUACACGUGAUGAAAGACUAUUGUAUACAAAUUACCAUCGACCAGAUUUACAUGCAACGCCGUUUGAACAAAGGAGACUCAGUUGUUACCAAACUGAAAUUCCUCAGCAACAUCUAAGGAAUAACAUGCCAUACAGCAAGACCUCAAAUAUGUGCAAAGACUUCAAAGGAUACAUGUAUCCCAUGUAUAGCUUAACCUCAAACAGAUGUGUGGCUGUGAAUGCACCAGUUAAUUCAUUCGGAAAUACUUUAGUCAAUCCCGUGGGUGAUAAAUCUGUAGCUGCUGCUGUCAGGAACAAGAGGAAAUGGUCAAGUGAUAGUGACAAUUCCCACAAGAGGAGAUGUCUGCAGCCGAGACAUGUGGAUUACCUUGGGCAAUAUUCUGUGAUACGACAAGGGUCUCAAAUAGGAGUGAUGUGAUAGGUGGCAUUGAUUAAACAGUUGCUGACGCAGAUGGAUAAUCCUUCCCUCGAUGUAUUUUGUGUGCAUGUGUGUAGAGAUAAUGUGAAUGAGAAGCUAAAUACUGUAUACCACUUGCAGAGUGCAUGCUGCUGCUUCUGUCAUUGUUA